AUGUUCGGUGCCUCUUUGUGGCCCAGUCCCCCGACGCCGGCAUUUGGAGUGAAAAAGAAAGGCAUUGUGCCUUUUGCAGUUCACGAGUCGACGUUCUGUUUUCGUGAAGGAGGGCCUGCGAACAUGGCCGCGCUCUGCGGGAGAGGCAGCGAAGAACGACCUGAAGCAUCGGCGUUGCAUGCUGAGGUGACCGCUGGCGGCAGCGGAAAGAGAGCUGAGCGUGAAACGGGCUCGUCGCGUAUAGGUGAUUGCCAGCCUCUCGGAGCGCUGCGUGGUAAUCACGAUCUAGGCCGUAGUGGCCAGUCCGGGAAUAUGAGGCAAACGACGCUCACGAGUGUUGGAGAUAUGCCACGAAGCAGUCCGAUCGAAGCAGUUGGACGUGAGACUGGAAGUGCCUGUCCAUCGUCGAAUACUUUGUUUGCGUCUUCUUCCCCCUUUAUGGCCCCGUCCGUAGCGUCAGCCUUUUCGGACGCGUUGGCAUCCUGUGAAGGCACAGCGGGCCCCACAGGGGCGAACGAUGAUGGAUCACUCCCUCUUUCCCAAGAAACGGCAAUCCCGGUUGGAGGUGAAACCUUAGGAGCGCCGCUAGCCUUCUCCACAGCUUCUCGCACAAUCGAUUACUUCUCACUCUCAUCCGCAUCCUGCGGAACGUCUUUGUCAGCCGCGGGCACGCCGACCAGCAACCAUUUUAGUGACCCUGUCAGAUCUCGGCAGAAUCCUGCUUUGACGGCAGCGGAGCCGGCCGGUUGUGCAGAGUUAGGCCGCACCACCUCUGCAUCGGCGUUGGCGCCGCCACCGAAUUGCGUAAUGCCUUCAAGCGGUCAUACAGCAGGGCAUUUGGCGUCGCUGAUGGAGGAUGCAUCUCCGUUACAGUAUCAGGCACCGCACACCGCCCACUGCCAACCAGAGAGCUUUCAGCGGUAUGGGCAGGGCGCGUCUGGUCUCGCCGUGGGGAACCCAGGUAUGACGCAGAAGGAGGCAGGAUUUCCCUGUACUGACCUCUAUGAUACCUACGCGCUUCCCGCAAUGCAGCGAGUGGCUGAAAAUGUCUCGGAACCGAGCCGAGUCGCUGCACCUGCAGGCGACUCCACGCAAGUGUCUACACUACCUGGUGUUUCGUCUGCGUCCGCAAGUCGCCAGCUCACGACGCAUGUGUGGGGGAGCACCAGCAGUGUGACGAGGGAGCUUCUUUCUUUCGUCACCACUGUCCUCCAGAGGAGUUCGCUGCCGAUUCCAUUCAGAUGGUCCCACCAAGCAGAGCAGUAUGUUUUCGGGUAUCUCAUGCGUCGCAUCCUGUGCUACGCCCAGGCAGCGUAG